AUGGUUAUUCUUGAAAGAGGUGGUAGUAGCUAUCUCGUUCGUGUAGUUGAGGAUAAGGAUUUGCCAGUAAACUCCAUGGGAGGUGGAGAGCAUUGCUCUGUACCUUACCAUGAAAGUAGGAAUGAAGAUGAUGACAUGGGAAACAUAGUGGCUGAUGUGGCAAAAAAUCAUGUCAUGGCAAAUAGUAAGGAGAUUAAUGAUAUGAUGAGUUGGUUUUCUACUGAAAGAGAUGUUAAAUUAGGAAGACUUUCUAGGCCUUCUCUCUUCAAGUUCCACCCAAAUGUUGAGCCCCCACCCACUUCUUUAAGUUUUUCCAAUGACCACUUGCUAACCUCAAAUUCAAGGACAUUGUCGGGGCCGACAGAAUUGGGUACUGAAAUUGUUGAGCAUGUCUUGCCUGAGGGAGGUGCUGCUCCUUCAACAUCUCUGAAUCCCAAUGUGCCAGAUACUCAUCCAACGGUAUCUGGGAGGAAGUCUUCUCCAGGCUCCCCAGUUUCUUCUCCACCACGUUUUAUCGAUGCAAUUGAACAACCUGUGACACUAGAUGUAAAUUCACCAGAUCGAUUGGCUGGGGAACUGUUCUUCCUGGAUGUUUCACUAGCAUUUACAGCUGAGGAGUUGUCACGAGCUCCAGCAGAAAUUUUAGGUAGAAGCAGUCAUGGGACUUUAUACAAGGCCACUCUAGAUAGCGGGCAUAUGUUGACUGUGAAGUGGAUGAGGGUAGGAUUGGUCAAACAUAAGAAAGAAUUUGCCAAGGAAGUUAAAAAAAUUGGAUCAAUGAGACAUCCCAAUAUUGUUCCGUUGCGAGCUUAUUAUUGGGGGCCAAGAGAACAGGAGAGGCUUAUUUUAGCAGACUAUGUUCGUGGAGAUAACUUGGCUCUACAUCUUUAUGAGACGACACCCCGGAGAUACUCCCCGCUGUCAUUCAGCCAAAGGUUGAAAGUUGCUAUUGACAUUGCUCGGUGUCUGACAUACCUUCAUGAUAGUGGCCUUCCUCAUGGGAACCUAAAACCUACUAAUGUACUCUUGGAAGGCUCUGAUCUGAAUGCUCAUCUUACUGAUUACAGUCUCCACCGUCUGAUGACACCAGCUGGCAUUGCAGAGCAGAUAUUAAACCUUGGAGCACUCGGAUACCGUGCUCCUGAACUCGCUACAGCAGCCAAACCAGUCCCAUCAUUCAAAGCUGACGUGUACGCAUUUGGAGUGAUUUUAAUGGAAUUGUUGACCAGAAGAAGUGCUGGUGACAUUAUCUCAGGUCAAUCGGGGGCUGUUGAUCUUACAGAUUGGGUCCGGCUAUGUGAUCAUGAAGGACGAGGAAUGGAUUGCAUUGACAGAGACAUUGCCAGUGGAGAGGAACACUCGAGAGCAAUGGAUGAAUUGCUUGCAAUAUCACUAAGGUGCAUUCUUCCUGUAAAUGAAAGGCCUAACAUCAGACAAGUUUUCGACAAUCUCUGUUCUAUAUCUGUUUGAAAUUUUGUACAUGUGUCUUGGAAUUAUUUUUUCCUUCCUCGACUUUCUUGUUUUUUUCCCCCACUCUUUCUCCACCAUUGGUUUCCUAGCCUCCUAAUCUGGGCUAAUCUUCACAUUCUUUUCUUAAUUUUUGUGUAAAGCGACAAUUGAUCUAUUGAUUGAUUGACAGUAUUUCUCAGUUUGAUCUUGAAGUGAAAAGAUUGCAAAUCAUCUUUCUCAUUUUUGUCUCUUGAGUUGGUUGGUGUAUUAGCAUUACCAGGUGAUCAACUAACGUUGUGUUUGGUUUUGAUGGAAAGGAAGAGAAAGGAAGGGAAGGUUGAUUUUAA